CUGCAUUUCACCUUCAGCUACUGUCAUAAUCCAGACUUUCUCAACGAACCCCUCCUUGAUACCUUUACUCUGCGUUUUCGACCCUAAGUGAACCCUCUACCACCCUUAUCACGACAAUUUAUUCUUCUUUCGCAAGACACCCCCCCAAUAUGGCGGACUCUCUCACCGAAGAGCAGGUCUCCGAGUUCAAGGAGGCCUUCUCUCUCUUCGACAAAGAUGGCGAUGGACAAAUUACCACGAAAGAGCUAGGCACUGUCAUGAGAUCUCUGGGUCAAAAUCCUUCCGAGUCGGAACUGCAAGAUAUGAUCAACGAAGUGGAUGCAGACAAUAAUGGCACCAUCGAUUUCCCAGAAUUCCUCACAAUGAUGGCUCGCAAGAUGAAAGACACCGAUUCUGAGGAGGAAAUCCGAGAAGCCUUCAAGGUGUUCGAUCGCGACAACAACGGCUUCAUUUCGGCUGCCGAACUUCGUCAUGUCAUGACCUCGAUUGGCGAAAAGCUCACAGAUGACGAAGUUGAUGAGAUGAUUCGAGAAGCUGACCAGGACGGUGACGGUCGCAUUGAUUACAACGAGUUUGUACAAUUGAUGAUGCAGAAAUGAGUGAUGACCAGCAAUCAAGUAUGCGCAGCACGGAUCUUUGAGAAGUUUUAGAGCGGCUAAAUGGAACGAGUCUCUCCACCAAUACCACGGGCAGGGAGCAGCGCAUCUUUCAUUGCUAUAGAGCCGAGGGAUUUCCCAGCAGAGAACUUGCUAGGCAAGAAGAAAACAAUCAGAGUUAUUCCUAUUCACAACUCCGUUCCCUCUUCCAGCUCGAUCCUCGUGAAGCUCGAAUCAUUCGUGGGUAUCAUAGGGCAUCGUCUAACAUGCAGUCCUGGAUUGCAGUAAUCAACCGUUGUGAACACGUACACGCAUUCAACGGUCUUCAAUGUGACUGCAGCCAGUUGAGCAUCUGCUGGAACGCCGAAGUUUGUGCUUCUUUGAUCG